UUCCCUCUAGGCUCUACUCUAUUCUAUCUCUACCUACUCUUCUUCUUCUCUUCCUAUCUACAUUUUCACUCUCUCUCUAUUUCUCAGUCCCUCUCUUCCUCUUCCAUCGUUAAACCCUAUAAAAAGCCCCUUCUUUCCAACGACGUCGUUCCACACACAGAGACAGAGGGAGGAACCACAAUGAAUCCCUCUACUCUCACAACCACUUCACCUUCUUCUUCUUCUUCUUCUUCUUCUUCUUCUUCCACUUUCCUCAACCCUCUCCCUCUCCGAACUUCUAACAACCUCAACAGACGACGCCGUUUCCGUGUCUCAGUCCCUCGCAACUCUUCCGCCGACCAAUCCGCGCCUUCCACGUCAUCGCCUCCUCCUCCGACGGGCAAUACAGUCUUCGUCGGAGGCAAAAGAGAGCUCACCGGGAUUCAGCCUUUGGUGGCCAGCCUCUCGCCGCCUGUCAGGUUGGCUUCCUCCGCCUUGUUAAUAGGCGCAGCCAUAGCCGCCGGCUAUGGCUUGGGUUCUCGCUUCGGUAAGGCUCAGGGUAAUGUCGCCACUGUCGGCGGAGCUGCCGCCCUCGGCGCGGCUGCUGCAGCUGCCGCGUAUGCCGUGAGUGCGGCUGUGCCGGACGUUGCUGCUGCUGAUUUGCAUAAUUACGUGGCGGGAUGUGACGAUCCUAAGGUUGUGAACAAGGACGAUAUUGAAAGGAUUGCCAAGAAGUAUGGAGUAAGCAAACAAGAUGAGGCAUUUAAUGCGGAGCUUUGUGAUAUAUAUUGCCAGUUCGUGUCUUCUGUCCUUCCUCCAGGAAGUGAAGAACUCAAAGGUGAUGAGGCUGACACAAUAAUUAACUUUAAAAAGGCUCUGGGCAUUGAUGAUCCAGAUGCAGCUGCCAUGCAUAUGGAGAUUGGUAGGCGACUCUUUAGGCAAAGGCUUGAAACUGGAGAUCGUGACGGUGAUGUAGAGCAGCGUCGGGCAUUUCAGAAGCUCAUUUAUGUUUCAACUCUUGUGUUUGGAGAAGCAUCGUCUUUCCUUUUACCUUGGAAGCGUGUCUUCAAGGUCACUGAUUCCCAGGUUGAGAUUGCUAUCCGUGAUAAUGCCCAGCGGUUGUAUGCUUCUAAGCUAAAAUCAGUUGGCCAAGAUAUUGACGUGGAGCAGCUUGUUAGCCUUAGAGAAGCACAACGUUUAUAUCGACUUUCUGAUGAGCUUGCGGCAGACUUGUUUAAGGAACAAGCAAGAAGGCUGGUGGAAAAAAACGUUUCAUCAGCGCUCAAAAUACUCAAGUCCAGGACAAGAUCAGUCAAGGUUGUCAAAGAAGCUGUGGAAGAGCUCGACAAGAUACUAGCUUUCAAUAGUUUGCUUAUCUCACUUAAGAACCAUCCAGAUGCAGAUCGCUUUGCCCUUGGGCUUGGCCCGGUUUCUUUACUAGGUGGCGAUUUUGAUGCUGACAGAAUAAUAGAUGACUUGAAGUUGCUUUAUAGAGCUUAUGUUUCAGAUUCUUUGUCUAGCGGUCGCAUAGAAGAGAAUAAGCUUGCUGCAUUAAAUCAAUUGAGGAAUAUAUUUGGUUUGGGCAAACGAGAAGCGGAAACCAUUACACUAGAUGUUACCUCAAAGGUAUACCGUAAGCGGCUUGCACAGGCUGUCACUGGUGGUGAUUUAGAAAUGGCAGAUAGCAAAGCAGCUUUCCUUCAAAAUCUCUGUGAUGACUUGCACUUUGAUCCACAAAAGGCCAGUGAGAUUCAUGAAGAAAUAUACCGACAAAAACUUCAGCAAUGUGUAAAUGAUGGAGAACUGGAUGAGGAUGAAGUGUCUGCCUUGCUAAGGUUACGUGUCAUGCUUUGUGUACCUCAGCAGACUGUUGAAGCUGCCCACUCAGAUAUCUGUGGCAGUUUGUUUGAAAAGGCUGUGAAGAAUGCAAUUGCUUCUGGUGUUGAUGGUUAUGAUGCUGAUGUCAAGGAAUCUGUGCGAAAGGCAGCACAUGGCUUAAGGCUGACUAGGGACAUUGCCAUGUCUAUUGCUAGCAAGGCAGUCCGACAGAUUUUCAUCAACUACAUAAAACAAGCACGGGCUGCUGGGAAUCGUACUGAGACUGCAAAAGUACUUAAGAAGAUGAUAGCUUUCAACACUUUAGUGGUGACUGAAUUGGUGGCAGAUAUAAAAGGGGAAUCAUCUGAUACCUCAUCAGAAGAACCUGUAAAGGAGGAAGCCAAACAAGUUGAAGAAAAACAAUUUGAAGAGGAUGAGGAAUGGGAAUCUAUUCAGUCGCUUAGGAAAAUACGACCUGGCAAGGAACUUGCUGCAAAGUUGGGGAAGCCUGGCCAGACAGAAAUAACUCUCAAAGAUGACCUUCCAGAGAGAGAGAGGACUGACCUUUACAAGGCAUACUUGCUCUAUUGCCUUACUGGUGAAGUGACCAAGAUUCCCUUUGGUGCUGAGAUAACUACAAAAAAGGAUGAUUCUGAGUUUGUUCUGCUAAAUCAGCUUGGUGGGAUCCUGGGUUUGGGUGCUAAUGAGAUAGUGGAAGUACAUAGGAGCCUAGCUGAGCAGGCUUUUAGGCAACAAGCAGAGGUGAUUUUAGCUGACGGACAGUUGACAAAAGGCAGAGUAGAGCAGCUUGAUGAGUUGCAGAAGCAAGUUGGCUUGCCUCCACAAUAUGCGCAGAAGAUAAUAAAGAGCAUAACCACUACGAAAAUGGCAGCUGCCAUUGAAACAGCUGUAGGUCAAGGAAGGCUUACGAUAAAGCAGAUAAGAGAACUUAAAGGAGCAGGUGUUGAAUUAGAUAGCAUGAUAUCUGAGAGCUUGCGAGAGAACCUCUUCAAAAAAACUGUGGAUGAAAUUUUUUCAUCAGGCACUGGAGAGUUCGAUGAGGAGGAAGUCUAUGAAAAAAUCCCAUCAGAUCUCAGCGUCAAUGCUGAUAAGGCAAAACGUGUUGUUAUUCAGCUUGCACAAAGUAGAUUAUCAAACUCUUUGAUUCAGGCCGUGUCCCUGCUAAGGCAGAGAAAUCAAAAAGGAGUGGUUUCUUCUCUUAAUGACUUAUUGGCUUGUGACAAAGCUGUACCUGCCACGCCUGUGUCAUGGGAGGUGCCAGAGGAGCUAGCCGAUCUUUAUACCAUAUACCUCAAGAGUGAGCCAGCACCAGAGAAACUGUCUCGGCUGCAGUUUCUGUUGGGCAUAGAUGAUUCAAUGGCAGCUGCUCUCCAGGAGAUGGGGGAUAGAAAUGGUCCUGUUGGUGUAGAAGAAGAGAAUUUUGUAUUUUGAGUGUGGUGAAGGCACAUUCAAGGGGCAAUUGGCUCAUUUUAUCAGCCUGUUUACUUGGACAAAGGGAGAGAAAAUCGUAUGUGGUGGUGAAGACAAGAGUUUGACGAAAUCAGGGUAGCUAGUUUUCAAUGACAUCACAUGAAAUUCAAGAGCCAUAGAAGUAGUAAUAGAACUGUUCUGUUUAGUCUAUUUUUGACAUACUUUUCUCCAACAAAAUAUUGAAUAUGUUUGAGGUUAUUUGUUUUGCUAGAAAACAAAGCUUUACUGAACCAAAAGUCAAUAAUACAACCAUCUAACCCGCAGAGCUUGAACAAGGCCAGAGGGGAAGAAGCAUGUGAAUAGAACACCAUACAAAUUAGCAGAAUAUAUUUGAGAUUAUUAACAUGUUUUAGAAA